UUAUUUAACUUGUGUUCAUGAUUAGCUCUGAGGAGACUGCCGGAUUGUCUUUUCACACACCGAAAAAACGCUCCUUUUCUCGAUUAAUCGUGUCUGAACCCUAUAUUACACGUGUCUUAUCAUUCCAUGAAACGUGUCCACGCGUAUUUAUGUCGUUAACACGAUUUUAUUUGACGUGGAAUUGAUUAAAAACACAGAGCUCCUUUGUGGUGUCCUGCCUUCGCCACACUGCUCUCACUCGACCUGGGUGUUCGGUGCCAGCUAUCCGGACUGUACCACUAGUCUAUAGGGACGCGGAAUGGUUUCGUCCGUGGACCAUCGGCGCAAACAUGGCGGCCUCGAAAUGGAUGGAAGGCAUUUCCAAAAAAUGAAAUGAUCCUCCUGCGGUGUUCCUGCUCCCUUUUUCAGCGACAGAAAGACAUAGUCCUGAGGUAUGUCUGCUUUCAAGGAGAGUACCAAGAAAGAGGAAAAUGAUACGCCCAUGUCAGAAUUCUCUGCACCUCUAAAGAGCAAGCUGGCAUUUUCCCUCGAACAAAGUGUAUUAGAAGCAUCAAUGCAGUGCCCAGAUGAGAACAUGACACCAAACGGUGACCAAGUAAAUCUUCUAAAACGUGUUAGUUUUAUUGACACUGAUGGACUCGCCAAAGCUGCCUAUGUCAAUGGAUCGGCUUCGCCCAGCGCUUCAGAAGAAACGUUAUUGGACAUCUCUAAAAACGUACCAGAAUUGCUGUCGACACACGCACAAAAUUAUACCAACAUGCAGACCAGCCAGGUAGAAGCUCACGAGUCGCUUCGAAAAGAUGGAGAAAUGUCUAUAAGGCAGAUGGUAAAGGCUGAAGAUGUGGAAAACCGGGGCAUAUGGGGAUUCGAUGUGGAUUCUCCAGGAAAUUCACUGGACAGUUACGAUGAUGGAGAUGAACUGGAGUGGAAUCCCCAGACAGAGUUCAUGAAGUUUCUCCUGGAGGAUAAGGACUGUUAUGAAACAGAAGCUGCUGCUUCUAGAGGGAAGUGUAAAUCGGACAAGGUAGUGAUGGUAAGUCCUACCGAAAAUCUUGGAGAGAGCAGUCAAAACGCAGCAAACCCUGAAUCCAAAAUGCACUCGCCGAUAUCGAACAAAUCACAGUACUCAAACGGAACAGCCGUGGCCUUCAAACACCUUUUACAGAAACCAGCAAAAACCCGAAAGAAUGGUCCGAAGCCUGGGUAUGUUCGGAAACGUCUGUCUGGAGACUCCGAGGAGGAGCCUGCUUUAUUUCCCAGCAAUAGCUCUUUUAAGGACAAAUCUCGUUCGCAAUCGCGCACGAGAAACUGUACGAAUCAAAAGCCAUUCAUAUGCAAAGAGUGUGGAAAGGACUUUUAUAAUCACACCUCGCUCUUGAAACACAUCACCGUCCACCAGACAAACCGGCGUCAGUUUGUCGAUGCGGUUACAGAAACUGACGAAAUGAUAAACGAGGGCAAGGACGCAAGGUUACAGUGUCCACAGUGCGCUUUCGGAACCAACUGCCCCAAUAUCUUUGUCCAGCACGCAAAAACGCAUGGAAAAGACAAACGGUAUUACCCCUGUGAAAAGUGUAAAUUCUUGGCGGCUAGUAAACACGAGCUAAUUUCACAUAUGCUCGGCAAGCAUCAGGUCACUGGUGUUCACUGUACCAUCAUCAGAAGGCGAGAUGUAAUACAGAGACAGAAAGUCUGUAAGUCGGAUAAAAGAAAAACAAACUCAGUAAAGAAUCGCAAAAAAGAUUUGCUAUUUGGAAAACUUGACUCAGAAAACGGCAGCCGUUUACACUCACCUGAAUGCAAAGCGCAAGAAUUCCUAGAACCGGAAGACUCGAACGGUCUUCCGCAAAUUGAUAAACCAAAAUCAGGAGACACUGCCGAGAGCAAAAGUGAAUCAAAACUCGACAAAUCCAUUCACACGUUCAUAUCCCGGAAGAAGAAUCGUAACUCGGAAAGCAGGUCAGCUCCAGACUAUGAUGAAAUUGUUCUUAGGGCUGCAAGUCCAGACCUCAUGAAUCGUAAAUGCUGCAGUGAUGAUUCCCUCAAUCCAGACAAGGGAUCACUGUCCCCUGCCAAGUGCAAGGGCAAACUAUUUGCACUAAAGAACAGCGGCUCGGGUUGCACUUUUGAAUCCGAAGGUAGCGGUCAGGGCUGUAAGAAUGACUGUUCUACCGGAGAAACCUCAAGCACUAACCACAAACGCGCCCCCUCGGAGAAGUUAAAGAAGUCCCCUUCCAAAAGAAAAAUGUCCACUCCGUUCCACAACCUACAAGGCCAAGAUAUCCUGAUCGAUUUCCCCAAAUGCAGGCAAAUCUUUCAGAAAAACUCCAGUCUAUACCUUAUUAACAAAUGCAACGCUAAAGAUGGCGUCCUCGUCAACAACAGCUCCUUUAGAAGUUCAUGUGACCUCCCGGAUCAAAAGCAUGGUUUUUCCCAGACCGUUUCGAUCAAAGAAGAAUGCAUGGAAACGGAAGUGUGCGGUGAUACCGACGAACCAGAGGCCAUAUUGAAAAACGGGGACUUUAUGGUCGAUUUGAAGUCUUGCCCUUAUUGUCCGGCGGUGUUUCAGUCAGGAAUCGCUCUCUCCAACCACGUACGAGGGCAUCUCCACAGGGUGGGCAUAAGCUAUAAAGCGCGUCAUGUUGUGUCUGCUGCCCAUGUGGCGUCUCAUGAUAAAGUGCCUCCUGUUCGGAGAAGGAUUGCAACAGUAUCUCGGGUUAAAACAGAGGUUGGCAUGCCCUCGAUCGAGCCGCCUUCAGAGCCGAAAUCGGAACUCACUUGCCCACUGUGUAGACAGAGGUUCGAAACCAAGACCGGAUUAUCCAAUCACGUCCGUGGUCAUCUGAAGAGGCUGAGGAAGCCAUGCUCUACGUCAGCGGCCAAAUCGCCCGUGGUCAUCCUGAAAGAACUGAUGCGUGACAAGAAGCAGUUCCAGAAAAAAUUACGGGCCCUUAAAAAGAAGUGCCGCUCCAGGGGCUCUUUUUAUCCCUUCAAAUUCAGUAACGGUCUCGUCAUUUCCACAGCAAAAGUGCAGCGUUUUGCACAAGGCGCCAAACAACACGGGCAAGUUUCCUCUCGGCUGGCGGAGGAAAAGAAAAGGACAGAGAGUAAUAAAGACCCAACGAAAGGAUCGCCGUCGAGCGAUCUGAUAGGUAUUCUGAAGAAGAGGAGAGCUCACGAGGAGGCCAAAGCCAAGACCUUGCAGACGGCGAGGAAAGCUCUGGUUGUUAAUGCCGUCAAAGAGCGCGAUCCAUCAGCACAACUACCAAACUCAGUAUCAGAGAAAAGUGAUCUUAACAGAAAAGUGUGCGUUCACUGUAACACGACGUUUCAAAGCGGAGUCAGUCUGUCCAAUCACUUACGAGCUUACGCACGACGGAAAAGAAACGCACUUUUGGAAGGAACAACAUAUGACUGUAAAAGGAAACAGAGGUCACGGUCUGGGUCUAAGAAGAAAACGUAUCCGUUGCUACACACUCCUGAGGAAAUAUAUCGACUCACCUGCAGGUUUUGUGAUCUGGUCUUCCAGGGGCCUCUGUCGGUGCAGGAGGACUGGGUAAAGCAUUUACAGAGACACAUCAUGAACACGGCGGUGCCUCACACGGGCGCCGCCAUGGUGGAGGUCACCAGCUUUCCGAAAGACUCGAACACGCACACGCACCUCCAGACGUCCUCGUAAAGACAUCCCUCCCCAGACGUCGUCCGUUCAAGCGACUGACUUUUGUCAUUUUAUACCUCCGCGGGACUUUUGAGUAACGAGUCGAGUAGUCGUUAUUUCUGCUCAUCAGCUCGCGGUGACGUUCAGCUCUUUAACAAGAACCGUUUUGUUUUUGAUUUUUUUUUAACAUCCUCCUGGUAUUUUUAGGACUCGAUUAUCGAUUGAUAUUCUGAUUUCCGUGGUGACCAAGACACCAAAACACAACCGUUACCUCAGACGCUUGGCGUACGGCGGGUUUUAUUUAACUACUUCAACAAGGAAAAGAAAAAAAAAAUGAAAAUAUAAAACCUGUAUGAUUUCUUUUUUUCUUCUUUUUUAUUGUGGUUAAAUUUUUUAACAUUUCGGACCCUGUUUAACCUUUUAGUCCUGAUACUUCUUGAACACGUAUGGUGCAAAUGUAUAAAAAUAAAUAGUAGAUAUAUUUCCAUA